AUAAAUAGACACACGAGGCCUGCUCUCUCAGCAACACACAAACACACACAAGAACCUGCACAUCACCAUCUAGGAAGCGCAAAACACACCUACUGACCAUCGCAAUUUUCAGCUCAGAUUGAAGGUCUAGAGUCCUAGACAUGUCAAGGGUGUUGGAGCCUCUCAUUGUGGGGAAGGUGAUUGGUGAGGUGCUGGAUCAUUUCAACCCCACCGUCAAGAUGAUGGUCACCUACAACUCCAACAAGCAGGUCUUCAAUGGACACGAGUUCUUCCCCUCGGUGGUCGCCAACAAGCCGCGUGUUGAGGUCCAAGGGGGCGACCUCAGGUCCUUCUUCACAUUGGUUAUGACUGACCCAGAUGUGCCAGGACCUAGUGAUCCAUACCUGAGGGAGCACCUUCACUGGAUUGUUACUGAUAUUCCUGGGACUACCGAUGCUUCUUUUGGGAGGGAGCUAGUGAGCUACGAGAACCCAAGGCCAAACAUUGGCAUCCACAGGUUCAUAUUCGUGCUGUUCCGGCAGAGCCGCCGGCAGGCAGUGAGCCCGCCGUCGUCGAGGGACCGCUUCAGCACCCGCCAAUUCGCGGAGGAGAACGACCUCGGUCUCCCCGUCGCCGCCGUCUACUUCAACGCGCAGCGCGAGACCGCCGCCCGCCGGCGCUAGCCGCUGACCAAAACUAAAGCUGAACGUACGAAGCCAGACCAACCAACGACCCUACGUACCUGAUCUUGCAUGGACAGACGAACCUACCAUUAUUAAUCAGUGAAAUUAGCUGGCCAGGCUUUUUUUCUUCCUUUUUCUCUUAAUGCAUGUUUGUUCAAAUAAGAAAGGGUAGCUAAUUAGCUGCUUGCUUGUGACAGCAUGAGCUAGCAGCUACAACCUACUACCAGUACUUGCUGCACAUUCUAGUUGAUUUGUGAAGGUGACAAUAUGAUUGGGAGGGUUGCAAUGUUGACUGGGAACAGUGUGAGAGCUCAAGCAAUGGCUAUGUAGGAGUACGUGUCGAGUGGUGGAGGGGGAGGGAAGAAAAUUAAAGCAACGGCCAUGACUCUUGUAUUCCCUUGGCCUACUAUUCUGUCAUAUGGCUCCUCACUGGUGCUUGCAGUGUACUUUGUUUGAUCCUGUCACUACAGUUUGCUGCUUGUUUUUGUAAUGCCAUCGUGUUUACUUUUUCCUA